UGACGAUUUUAACUUGCUUCGCUAAACAAUACGCAGUUUUUGCUUUCGUUGAUUUGCUUACAUUUAUUUGGAUAUUGAACAAAAUGGAUUGGAGGUCGCGUGUCUUCUUGUUCCUGAUGUUUAUUAGCGUCGCCAUCUCUGACAAUGAGGGAAACACAACGGAACCGAGGGUCACAGAACAUCCACAUCAGCAAGAAGAGUUAUCCAACACAAUCAAUGAGUUCGGUUUCAAAUUGCUGACUGAGGAGAUGAAACGGAACGCGGACUCGAACAUAGUUAUGUCCCCUACUGGUAUCGCAGGUCUCCUCUCGAUGGCGCUUCUGGGUAGCGCUGGCAACACAUACACGGAGCUGGCAACGGCGCUCGGGUUUUCCCAAGAUAUUCUUCGAAACCGCGCGCACCACGAACAGUUCGGCUUGCUACUGCAUCUUCUGAGUAACUCUACUACAUACGCGGACGCCAUAUUGGUCGAGCCGCGUACGCGCAUACGACCGCUGUACAGAGAGUUCCUACAACGCGUGUACCAAGGCGACGCGCGCGCUGUGGAGUUUACCAACGCGCCGUUGGCUAGAGACACCGUCAAUGAAUGGAUCAAAAACCACACCAAAGGGAAAAUAGAAGAAUUUCUGAAAGAACCGCUCCCAGUCGAGACGAAGGUUGUGUUGCUGAGCGCCCUCUACUUCAGCGGACAAUGGAUGAGUCCAUUCUUGCCAGAACACACGAGGAAGAUGGCGUUCAAAACUCCCACAGGCGACGUUAUGGCCGAUAUGAUGUUGAACUUCGGACAGUUCCAAUACACGUAUUCUGCUGAAGAUGGCGUGCAAAUGAUAGCUUUACCAUACAAAGACAACACAACCACGAUGUACGUGUUGAAACCACUCAAAAAGGUUUCCCUAACAGAGCUCAUUAACCGCCUGAACUACUCCAGAAUCGACCAGCUCAUCUCCAACAUGAUCAAUGACAGAGCGGUCAUCAGAUUCCCAAAAAUGGAUCUUAAGAACUCAAUCCAUUUAGAAGACAGCCUUAAAUCUAUAGGGCUAAGUGCGAUGUUCUCUCCGACUGCGAAUUUCGCUCUUAUGAUAGAUACGGAUAAAGAUAAUUCUAACGAGGAGUUGUUGACGAGGAUAAUUUUUGAGGAUAAGUCCCAGCAUAUAAAAGAUGCGGUGAACGGUCUACCGAAUCCGGGGGUGCAUGUGGACACAGUGCUGCAUGAAGUUAGGAUCACUAUAGAUGAAUACGGCACGGAGGCGAUGGCGGCCUCUGGCGGGUUCCUGUCUCGCACGGCGGAGCAGUUCUACGUGGACUCUCCCUUCUACAUGUUCAUCAGAGACGAGAGCACCAAGCUUGUCACCUUCAGCGCUGCCAUCUUUAAUCCUACUCUAUCUUAGAGGAUAUAACCAAACGGAGACGCCUUGUCUGUAAUUUUCGGUACAAAAUAGUCUGCCGAUUUUUGCGGGGGAGGGGUACUUCAAAUGUAUACUUAACGUUAAAAUAGCCAUGUCAGAUAAACGUCAGUUCAUACAAUGUGUAUGAUCAUUGGCCGCCUAUUUUCGACAGAGGGGAAUGCCUACUCCGUUUGGUUAUAUGUGGUAUUAUAUCCUCUAAGUACUCUAUAGAUAUCUAUUGGCACCAGUAAUGGACAAUAUGGACAUGGUCCUACCCCAAUGAUGGACAUAAGAUAUAACCGCUAGCGGCAGACUAGACGAAUUUGAAUCAAUGGUACCAGAAAAUAGAAGCGAAUUGUAUUGUUAUUAAAUUUAAACUAUAUCAAAAGAAACUCAGUUACAUUUAAUAAUGAUUUAAAUUAGGAGGUAAAAUUUACUAGUAUUAGGACGGUAGGACGCUAGAGGUAAAAAUAAAGAGUUAUACACAACAAUAAACCUUAUUUCAAUGGCAUAAGGUUCACAGAUGGCCCGUGAAUAGUGUUUCUGUUAGUACAGCUGGCGGGUUCCUGUCUCGGCUAAUCAGUUCUAUGUGGACUCUCCUUUCUACAGGUUCGUCAGGGACUUGAGGGAUUUAUCAGGAACAAAAUAGCAUUCAGUUAGUUACUUCAGCGCCGCCAUCUUUAAUCCUACAUAUGUCUAUUGUCUAUUGGUCCAGUAAUGGGUAGGGACCCUAAGGGCCACUUGCACCA